AGGGCCGAUGAAAGCGCGGGGUCGUCGCGGGCUUGGACUCUGGCAUCCUCUCUGAUCUCAACAAAGACAUAAAAACAAUGCCGCCUCCUCCGAGCACGACGCAGGGUGGUUCCAACUGGGACAAGAUGAAAAUGGGCUUCGUCAUGGGAGGCGGUGUCGGUCUCACCAUUGGCUUCAUCUUCGGAUCGUUCUCCAUUCUCCGUGCUGGCCCCGGCCCGCGCGGCGCCCUCGCGACCCUUGCCCAGUACAUGGGCUCGUCCGCCGCGACGUUCGCAUUCUUCAUGUCUAUCGGAUCGGUAAGUGCGCCUCGAUGUGCCGCAGAGUGUCGGCGCCUGGAAGUUUAACGCCUUCAAGGGUUAUGACGGGUCACAGAUGCGUCUCUGAGAUUAGGAGGUAGUCGCUUGGUCUCGCCCGCCUCAAGUGCCAAGCAGCUCCCUCGACCACUGAUGGCUGUCGGGCG